AUGUUGAUAUUGAUAGAAACAGCAGCAGGGUACGGCCUGUUCAAAGUUGAGAACAGCAAAUUAAUCGAAUCAGAUGUGAAGGAUAUUGAGAAAUGUUUUCGAAACGCAGAAGAAGCGAGGAAAAAUGUAUCCCUAUACAGUUUUAGUAAAUUUAAAAAAUUCCAAAAGGCCUUUGACGAAACGAACAAGUUGAUGGAAUCCAAAUUGGGAAAAGGGCUGAAGAAGUUUUUAAAGAAAAAUAUAGUGAAGCCGAAGCUAAAUGAAACGCUAGCCUUAUGUGAUAAAACGUUAGGUGGAUUAAUAAAAAAAAAAUAUAAUAUAAAUGUAACGUACACGAAUUCGACUCAGGAAAUAAUUAGAGGAAUUCGAACGCAUUUGUAUGGAUUGCUAGUAGGUGUAAAGGAAGAAGAUGCAAAAUUGUUGAAGUUAAGUUUAUCUCAUUCGUUAAAUCGAUUCAAAUUAAAGUUUAGUGCUGACAAAGUUGACGUAAUGAUUAUACAAGCAGUUGGAUUACUGGAAGAUUUGGACAAAGAAAUAAAUGUUUUCUCCAUGCGACUGAAGGAAUGGUAUGGAUGGCAUUUUCCAGAACUGGGGAAAGUAAUCACGGAUAAUAAAAUAUAUGCGAAAUGUGUUAAAUUGAUUGGGUUCCGAAGUAAUGCAAAGAAUGUCAACUUGCUAGAAGAGACAACAGAAGAAAUUCAAAAGGAAAUAAAACAGUUGGCAGAAAUUUCCAUGGGAACAGAAAUUGAAGAUGAUGACCUAAACUGCAUUAACGAAUUAGCUGACAGGUUAUUAGAGUUAACAGAGUAUAGAGAAUCGUUAGCUAUUUAUUUGAAAUACAGAAUGAGUUCCAUUGCACCAAAUUUGACUUACCUAGUUGGUGAUUUAAUCGGGGCUAAGUUAAUUGCAAAAGCGGGUUCUCUCAUGUCUUUGGCAAAAUACCCAAGUUCGACUUUACAAAUUUUGGGUUCUGAAAAAGCUCUAUUUAGGGCCUUAAAAACCAAGUCGAAAACACCCAAAUAUGGACUAAUUUACCACGCAACUUUAGUAGGGCAAACUACACCCAAACUGAAGGGAAAAAUCAGCAGAUCUUUAGCGGCGAAAUUGUCUUUGUGCACAAGAGUGCAGCACAGCAAGUACAACCCCAAUCAGUCCAACGAUGACCAAAAUAGGAACAACAACAAUAACAAUAACAACGCGUUCAACAAAAAGAAGGACUUCCGGUUUAAUAAGCGAGAGGCGGACUGGAACAACAAGAAGUUUAUUAAGAAGCAGAAGAGGAAGUGA